CUGCGCAAAAGGCUAGGGAUGAUGACAAGUAAGCGAGACAGAAGGGAAAACAACAAGGUAAAGAAAGCAAUAACACUAAUUCUAGCUAAAUUGAUUAGUCAUCAAACACUUACCUAACCAACAAACUAUACAAAACAUUUUGGCUCGUAAAAUUGCAGAACCAUUUGCCAAACGCGGUUUGGUGGGGUAACGUUAGCUAAGCUUGUUACUGUACGGUAGCUAGCUAGCUACAACAACGUCUUCUUUCCCACUACGAUAGCAACGCAGCUAGCUACUAAGAAGAUGAGUGUGUGACCCAGACAAGGGCCGAGAAAACACAGAUUUCGGACACCAUGAAUCCUGAAUAGUGAGUAAAGCUGGUGAUGUUUAGGUGUUGUUUUUGUUAGCUCCACAGACCGAGUAACACCGGAUGACGAGAUGUAGCAAGCAAGCUAGUUUUUUUACAUUUAUUUUUAUUCGAAUUACAAAUAUCAAGCACAAAUAUUCGUUAUACAAAUUAUCAGCAAUCAACAACUUACAUCACUACAGUACAUCAAACACGUCUACCGCAAAACAAAAUACACAAGUAAAACAAGAAGAGACCUUAAAUACAUACAGUGAGGGAAAAAAGUAUUUGAUCCCCUGUGAUUUUGUACGUUUGCCCACUGACAAAGAAAUGAUCAGUCUAUAAUUUUAAUGGUAGGUUUAUUUGAACAGUGAGACAGAAUAACAACAAAAAAAUCCAGAAAAACGCAUGUCAAAAAUGUUACAAAUAUAUUAGGAGUAUUUGACCCCCUCUCAAUCAGAAAGAUUUCUGGCUCCCAGGUGUCUUUUAUAUAGGUAAUGAGCUGAGAUUAGGAGCACACUCUUAAAGGGAGUGCUCCUAAUCUCAGCUUGUUACCUGUAUAAAAGACACCUGUCCACAGAAGCAAUCAAUCAAUCAGAUUCCAAACUCUCCACCAUGGCCAAGACCAAAGAGCACGGGAGGAUCUUGUCAAUGAUCUCAAGGCAGCUGGGACCAUAGUCACCAAGAAAACAAUUGGUAACACACUACGUCGUGAAGGACUGAAAUCCUGCAGCACAUACAAGAAAGCACAUACAGGCCCGUCUGAAGUUUGCCAAUGAACAUCUGAAUGAUUCAGAGGAGAACUGGGUGAAAGUGUUGUGGUCAGAUGAGACCAAAAUCGAGCUCUUUGGCAUCAACUCAACUCGCCAUGUUUGGAGGAAGAGGAAUGCUGCCUAUGACCCCAAGAACACCAUCCCCACUGUCAAACAUGGAGGUGGAAACAUUAUGCUUUGGGAGUGGUUUUCUGCAAAGGGGACAGGACAACUUCACCGCAUCAAAGGGGCCAUGUACUGUCAAAUCUUGGGUGAGAACCUCCUUCCCUCAGCCAGGGCAUUGAAAAUGGGUCGUGGAUGGCUAUUCCAGCAUAACAAUGACCCAAAACACACGGCCAAGGCAACAAAGGAGUGGCUCAAGAAGGGAGCUGAAGGUUUGAGUUGCCAAACGUCAGGCUCAAAACCUUAAUGACUUGGAGAAGAUCUGCAAAGAGGAGUGGGACAAAAUCCCUCCUGAGAUGUGUGCAAACCUGGUGGCCAACUACAAGAAACGUCUGACCUCUGUGAUUGCCAACAAGGGUUUUGCCAUCAAGUACUAAGUCAUGUUUUGCAGAGGGGUCAAAUACUUAUUUACCUCAUUAAAAUUCAAAUCAAUUUAUAACAUUUUUGACAUGCGUUUUUCUGGAUUUUGUUGUUGUUAUUCUGUCUCUCACUGUUCAAAUAAACCUACCAUUAAAAUUAUAGACUGAUCAUGUCUUUGUCAGUCGGCAAACGUACAAAAUCAGCAGGGGAUCAAAUACUUUUUUCCCUCACUGUAGCUAUGCUGACAUAAAAUGGUAUAAGAUUUUGAUCUAGUUAGUUGGAUGAGCUAUGGGUCUCUUGCUACCGUUCUAUAUUUUAAGUUUUCCUCUGACAUUUCUUUGCACACCCUUGCAACUGUAGCUAUAAUAACAGCUAAUUUCAGAUGGAAAUGACAGCGUUGCAUAUGAACUUAGCGUAACUCCCCAGAUACCCAGAUGAAAGUCAAUGCUGGGGGCUUGAUAGAAUAGAUUUGUUAGUCUCUAAAUAUUAUUUAAUGUUCCCUAACCUGGUUUUCCCCCUAGUGACUACCUGUUCAAGCUGCUUCUGAUUGGCGAUUCAGGGGUGGGCAAGUCUUGCCUCCUGCUUCGAUUUGCGGUAAGAACUAUCAGUGUUCAGUGUUAUUGGCAUGUUGAUCAGUGUUCAGCUUUACAUCAACGUUUGGAUGGAUACUGUGUGUCCAUUUGUGUGAGUGUGUUGAUAAUGCUAUGUUUUUUAAAUUAUGCAUUUCAGGAUGACACCUACACAGAAAGUUUCAUAAGCACCAUCGGCGUGGACUUCAAAAUCCGAACUAUUGAACUGGACGGCAGGACCAUCAAAUUACAGAUUGUGAGUUGAGUCAGCACCUCUGGCAGCUGUCCUGGGAAGUUUAAUUGCAGUUCAUGCUUGCAGCCAUGUAGUGUGUUAACUAAUUAACAUAUUUUUUUAUUGUCUUUAGUGGGACACUGCUGGUCAGGAGCGGUUUCGCACCAUCACCUCCAGCUAUUACAGAGGAGCCCAUGGUAUCAUCAUUGUCUAUGAUGUAACAGAUCAGGUUAGUGACACCCUUCCAAAAAGAAGAUUCAUUAACAUCUUUGAGUCAACCAGCAUUUAUUGACAACACGUAACUGAGGUAUUUUCUCUGUUUCUAGGAGUCUUACAACAAUAUAAAGCAGUGGCUGCAGGAGAUCGACCGCUAUGCCAGCGAGAACGUCAACAAGCUGCUGGUGGGGAACAAGUGUGACCUCACCACCAAGAAGUUAGUAGACUACACGACAGCCAAGGUGAGUCCUCAGGAAACGUGGACUCUGAAACAGAUUAAUCACAGUAUUUGGGUAUAGUAUACUCUGUAGCCUUAGUUUGUAGUAGUUGAUAUCAGGGCCUAAAAUUAACUUUUUGGUCCACCAGCCACUGUGGCAGGUAAAUGAAAAAAAUCUACCAGCCACUCGAAUGUUUUCACCAGUCAACUUUCUUUGGGCCAUAAUUACAUUUUUUAACAACACACAAAAAAACAGAUCACCAUUCUUUGUAAUGUUUCUAAAACAAGAAAUGUAAGAAGUCGUGGUAUAUUGCUCAAUUUCAUUACUUUUUUUGUGACCGGAGUGUUUUAAAUCGAAAUACCAGAGACAAAAUGUUCAACUGCCCCUUUAAGGGCGAGAGAUUACCGUGUUAACGGGGCCACUCGAGUAGUGUCACGUGUGUCUGUGAGAUUUUUGAUCUGACUAGAGCGUCUCUUCGCUAUCAGUUGAAGCAGCAGACUCAAACUAACAUUGAAAAACAACCGACCUUGUGAACAAAACAAUGUAAAUAGCCAAGAAACAGGAGGACAAAGUCUCACUUUGUAAACUUUUGAGUAAAUUAGACCAGCUUUUAUGCCUGUUAGCAACGCCUCCAAAAAUGAAUAUAUCAGCACAUUGCACAAAGCUCCCCUGCCAGGCAGUGUCGCUGUGCGUGGUGGGAUAUAGAUUUGUAUUUCUUUGUGAGAUUAGCAGCUAUAAAACUAAACGGCAGAAAUACUUUGAAAACAGCUACUGCAGCAUUUUUCAUACUUGACUUUUGACUAUUUUUAUUUGCGAAUGUAAUGCUUGCACUGUAGAGCCCUGCAAAUUGACCACCCGCCAACGUGGCUGGUGAAAUAGACGUUCUGACCCGCCAAUACCUACAGUGAGGGAAAAAGGUAUUUGAUCCCCUGCUGAUUUUGUACGUUUGCCCACUGACAAAGAAAUGAUCAGUGUAUCAUUUUAAUGGUAGGUUUAUUUGAACAGUGAGAGACAGAAUAACAACAAAAAAAUCCAGAAAAACACAUGUCAAGAAUGUUAUAAAUUGAUUUGCAUUUUAAUGAGGGAAAUAAAUAUUUGACCCUCUCUCAAUCAGAAAGAUUUUCGGCUUCCAGGUGUCUUUUAUGCAGGUAACGAGCUGAGAUUAGGAGCACACUCUUAAAGGGAGUGCUCCUAAUCUCAGUUUGUUACCUGUAUAAAAGACACCUGUCCACAGAAGCAAUCAAUCAAUCAGAUUCCAAACUCUCCACCAUGGCCAAGACCAAAGAGCUCUCCAAGGAUGUCAGGGACAAGAUUGUAGACCUACACAAGGCUGGAAUGGGCUACAAGACCAUCGCCAAGCAGCUUGGUGAGAAGGUGACAACAGUUGGUGUGAUUAUUCGCAAAUGGAAGAAACACAAAAUAACUGUCAAUCUCCCUCGGCCUGGGGCUCCAUGCAAGAUCUCACCUCGUGGAGUUGCAAUGAUCAUGAGAACGGUGAGGAAUCAGCCCAGAACUACACGGGAGGAUCUUAUCAAUGAUCUCAAGGCAGCUGGGACCAUAGUCACCAAGAAAACAAUUGGUAACACACUACGCCGUGAAGGACUGAAAUCCUGCAGCGCCCGCAAGGUCCCCCUGCUCAAGAAAGCACAUAUACAGGCCCGUCUGAAGUUUGCCAAUGAACAUCUGAAUGAUUCAGAGGAGAACUGGACGGGGCCAUGUACAUCAAAGGGACGAUGGACGGGGCCAUGUACCAUCAAAUCUUGGGUGAGAACCUCCUUCCCUCAGCCAGGGCAUUGAAAAUGGGUCGUGGAUAGAUAUUUCAGCAUGACAAUGACCCAAAAUACACGGCCAAGGCAACAAAGGAGUGGCUCAAGAAGAAGCACAUUAAGGUCCUGGAGUGGCCUAGCCAGUCUCCAGACCUUAAUCCCAUAGAAAAUAUGUGGAGGGAGCUGAAGGUUCGAGUUGCCAAACGUCAGCCUCGAAACCUUAAUGACUUGGAGAAGAUCUGCAAAGAGGAGUGGGACAAAAUCCCUCCUGAGAUGUGUGCAAACCUGGUGGCCAACUACAAGAAACGUCUGACCUCUGUGAUUGCCAACAAGGGUUUUGCCACCAAGUACUAAGUCAUGUUUUGCAGAGGGGUCAAAUACUUAUUUCCCUCAUUAAAAUGCAAAUCAAUUUAUAACAUUUUUGACAUGCGUUUGGGACACACUGUAUUACUUACAAUGGAAGCACUGUACUACUUUAGUCAGACUGGUGACUGACCUGUCUCACUCUCCUCAAACAGGAAUUUGCUGACUCCCUAUCCAUCCCCUUCCUGGAGACCAGUGCUAAGGACGCAACUAACGUGGAGCAAUCCUUCAUGACCAUGGCGGCUGAGAUUAAGAAGCGCAUGGGGCCCGGGGCCACAGCAGGAGGAGAGAAGCACAACCUGAAGAUUGACAGCACCCCAGUGAGGCAGUCUGGAGGAGGAUGCUGUUAG